CUUUAUUGUUUUCACUUGUCACAGUUGUCACUUCGUCAACAUAGGCUAUCCAGUACCCUUUGCAGGGACGUCAAACAAAUACAUAUUACGUAAUCCAUUACGUAUAUUGUUGUAAAGCUACAUUCAUAAUAUAAUUUAAUUUGUAAGUCGUUUGUGUAAUACGCCGUAAUAGUUGAGCGUUAUUGCGAUUAGUAUAUUAUUACAGACAACCAUACUAUUUAAUUAAUUCGCAGGAGCUAAUAUUUGAUUAACUAUAAACUAACGAUGAGUACUAAACAAGAAAACAUAUUUUUAUUUGUACCAAAUAUAAUUGGGUACACCAGAAUAAUACUUGCACUGAUAUCAAUAUACUUUAUGCCAACCAACUAUAAAAUAGCAUGUACUUGUUAUGUUGUAAGUGCACUAUUAGAUGCUUUUGAUGGUCAUGCUGCUCGGGCAUUCAAUCAAAGUACCAAGUUUGGAGCAAUUCUUGAUCAACUUACUGAUCGCUGUGGAACAUUGGGCUUGUGUAUUGCACUAUCAAACUUCUAUCCAAAAUAUAUGUUCUUAUUCCAACUCAGCUGUAUUAUUGAUAUUUCAUGCCAUUGGAUCUAUUUGCACUCAUCAAUUUUGCAAGGCAAAACUACACAUAAAUUUGUUGACAUGUCUGAAAAUCCAAUCAUGAGAUGUUAUUAUACAUCAAAACCUGUGUUGUUUUUUAUGUGUCUUGGUAAUGAAUUAUUUUUCGCAUCAUUAUACUUGGCUCAUUUUGUAACAGGCCCAUUAAUUGCUGGACAUGGCCUUUUCAAGUUAUUGUGUUUGAUUUCAUUUCCAAUCAUGAUUGUCAAAACCGGAAUAUCAUUACUGCAUUGCUAUGUAGCCAGCAUAAAUCUAUCUAUUAUUGAUGUGAAUGAGCGAAAAGAAAAAAAAUAAGCAUUUAGAUGGAGAGAUAGUUUGAACGAGAUUUAAUUUUCAUAUCUUGAGUGUGUUGUGUAGGUAUUUAAAGCAUUCCAUUAUCUGAAACAUUAUUUUAUUGGUUCCUCCUUAUUGUAUUAUUAGUACAAUAUUUUUUGUACUUAUAAAACAGUUCUAUACAUUCUAGUCAAUUCAAAAAAAAAAAAUUAUACGAUUUAUAUUUAUAGUUAGUGAAUUCAAAUGUUUUAGUUGAAUUUGUUAGUUUUUAA